UCAAGAUGGUAGCGUCUCAAUCAGGAAGUGCAAGCGAAAACUGAAGAGGGAUAGUUGGAUAAAAUUCCGUGUUGCGUCUCAUUUGACGCGAGUAAUUUUCGAAAACCGUCAAGUUUGGAUCAACAAUAACCGAUUUUUUUUUGUGGUCAUGGAGAGCACUUGCCAUUGUUAGAGGCACUUGCUUGGACUUAGCCAGUGCUUGUGCGGUGAUCUAAGGGUGCAAAGCCUAAGUCAGCUGGUGGUCAUGUGUGAAGCUGUGGUCUGAUGCCCACCCUCCCCACAGCACUGGCCAUGGACGGGGAGAACUAUCUGCAUCCAGAGGGGCCUCAGCUGGACAGUAGCCUAUUCUCUGCGGCCUCCUCUAACAUGGAGAGUCCUUCAUAUGCUUCAUCUGGUUCCUGGGGUUCCUACUCUCAGCCGGUUGGAUACAGCGUACACUGCCCUAUGCAACCUGGAAACCAGCAAUACCACUUGAACAGCAGCACCGCCACCACUCCGAAUGGGCACAUGGACUUCGGGAUGUACGUCUCUGAACCCCGCUUGAACUUCUCCCAGGACCUGUCCCAAAUCGAUGACCUCUCCAACAACUCUUUGUUCUCCUCACCGGCUGACUCUCUGUCGGAGUACACUGAUCCCCAGGCCUUUAUCAGCACAGACAGCCUGGCCCAAGUUCCCACUCUCUGGGAUGUCAACACCAGUACCACCACCACACCAGCACAGAGCCAACUAGAGCUGAAUGGUGGCAGCAGAUUUCAAGGUUUGGCCAGUUUGGAGGAUAUAACUGCCAUUAUCAGCACCCCACCUCUAGGAGGAGUCCAGGCUCCGAAAACCCAGUCUACGACAGAGGAGGAAGAGGAUGCUGAGGAGGAGGAGACAGAGGAGCUUGGACAUGUAGAUACAUACGCUGAAUAUAAACCAUCUAAAUCCACUAUUGGAGUCUCCCAUCCAGACAUUGUAGUGGAGACGAAUACGCUGUCCAGCGUCCCUCCUCCCGACAUCACUUACACGCUGUCCAUCCCACAGUCAACAAUCAACAGUGGCUUGCUUUCUGCACUACAGCUGGAGGCGAUCAUUUACGCCUGCCAGCAACAUGAGGUGAUUCUUCGAAACAACCAGAGGGCAGGUUUCCUGAUUGGAGAUGGGGCGGGGGUGGGCAAGGGCCGCACUGUGGCCGGAAUCAUUCUAGAGAACUAUCUCAAGGGCAGAAAGAAAGCAUUAUGGUUCAGCAUAUCAAAUGAUUUGAAAUUUGACGCAGAGAGAGAUCUCAAUGACAUAGAUGCACCCAGUAUUCCUGUGCAUGCCUUAAACAAGAUAAAGUAUGGAGACACAGCUACCUCAGAAGGAGUCCUGUUUGCGACUUACUCUGCAUUGAUAGGCGAGAGCCAGGCAGGAGGGCAGCACCGGACCAGAAUCAGACAGAUCCUGGACUGGUGUAAGCCGGACUUUGACGGAGUUAUUAUUUUUGAUGAAUGCCACAAAGCCAAGAAUGCCACAUCCACUAAGAUGGGCAAAGCUGUGCUUGACCUGCAGAACAAGCUGCCACUGGCCAGGGUGGUCUAUGCCAGUGCAACAGGUGCCUCUGAGCCAAAGAACAUGAUCUACAUGAGCCGCCUGGGGAUAUGGGGUGAAGGCACACCUUUCAAAGCCUUCGAUGACUUCCUGCAUGCCAUCGAGAAGAGAGGUGUGGGUGCCAUGGAGAUUGUUGCCAUGGACAUGAAAGUCAGUGGGAUGUACAUUGCCAGGCAGCUGAGUUUCUCAGGGGUGUCAUUCCGCAUUGAAGAGAUUGCCCUGGAUGAUGACUUUAAACUGGUUUACAACAAAGCUGCCAAACUGUGGGCAGAGGCGCUGCAGGUGUUCAUGCGCGCGGCCGAUGAGCUAGGCCUGGUAAGCCGGAAGUCUCUGUGGGGCCAGUUCUGGUCAUCUCACCAGCGGUUCUUCAAAUAUCUCUGCAUCGCCGCUAAGGUCCGCUGCUUGGUGGAGCUGGCCCAAAAGGAGCUUAAGGCUGGAAAGUGCAUUGUUAUUGGGCUGCAGUCCACAGGAGAGGCUCGCACCAGAGAGGUCCUGGAUGAGAAUGAUGGGCGCCUCGACAGAUUUGUCUCCGCUGCAGAGGGAGUGUUCCAGUCCCUGGUCCUUAAACAUUUCCCCUCUGAGAAACAAAGGAGAGAGAAAGGGCCUGGGAAUAAGAGAAAACGCAAGCCACGGGGCCGCCACUCCAAGCUCCCAAAGCACACAGUGGACAGUGGUGGUGUGAUCAACAUCAGCGAUGACAGCAGCACUGACUCUGAUGGCAUGGACACAGACUCUAACUCCUCACCUGACUCCCUGCUUGACAAUGAUGAUGUCAUCUUUGUCAACCACACUAGCUGCCAAACAGCCAGGAUAGAGGAGAUGAAGCUGGGCCUCCUCAACAAGAUAUCCGAGCUAGGAAAAGAACUACCUCUCAAUACCCUGGAUGAACUCAUAGACAAGUUCGGAGGACCAGAGAAAGUCUCAGAGAUGACUGGUCGUAAAGGUCGUGUAGUGCGUCGCCCUGAUGGCAUCGUCCGGUAUGAGUCAAGGGCUGAGCAAGGCUACACCAUUGACCACAUCAACGUCAAAGAGAAAAACCGCUUUAUGAGUGGCGAAAAGCUGGUGGCCAUCAUCUCAGAGGCAGCCAGCUCUGGUAUCUCCCUGCAGGCCGACAAACGAGUGAAGAACCAGAGACGCAGAGUCCACAUGACCCUGGAGCUACCCUGGAGUGCAGACAGAGCCAUCCAGCAGUUUGGUCGUACCCAUCGGUCCAAUCAAGUGACUGCACCAGAGUAUAUCUUCCUCAUCUCAGAGCUGGCAGGCGAGAGACGUUUUGCUUCCAUUGUGGCCAAAAGACUCGAGAGCCUGGGCGCAUUAACCCACGGGGAUAGAAGAGCCACCGAGACCAGAGAUCUGAGCAAAUACAAUUUUGAGAACAAGUAUGGUACCAAGGCUCUGGAUAAAAUAACCAAAGCUAUCCUUGGCCACAUAGAGAACAAGGUUCCUGCCCCCCAAGGCUACCCUGGAGGUGAUGCGAUGUUCUUCAGAGACAUGAAACUGGGAAUGAUGGAUGUGGGCAUCUUUUGUAAGGAGUCCAGGUUUGGGAUCAGUACUGAAAAAGACUGCAGCAUCACCAAGUUCCUGAACCGCAUCCUGGGCCUGGAGGUCCACAAGCAGAACCAUCUCUUUCAGUAUUUCACAGACAACUUCGACUACCUAAUUGAGAAGGACAAAAAGGAGGGCAAAUACGACAUGGGAAUCCUUGACCUUGCCCCAGGUAACGAUGAGAUCCAUGAGGAGAAACAGGAGACUUUCCUCACAGCCGGAAACCCUCAGGACGGACAGGUUGUUCUUUAUAAGAUCAGUGUGGACAGAGGCAUGCCCUGGGAAGAGGCCUAUGAGAGGGCACAGAAACUCACCGGUCCUGAUGAAGGGUUCUACCUAUCUCACAAGUUGCGAGGUAACCACCCAUGUGUGCUGCUGGCUGAGCAAGGCCGAGGCAAGAACUUCAUUGUCUUCAAGCCCAACAUUGGCAAGCAGACCCAUCCGGAGAGCCUGGACAACCUACAGAUGCGUUACCGCAAGGUGACUUCAGAGGAAGCCAAGGACAGCUGGGAGAACCAGUUCAACUUCUCCUUCAUGAAGUGUAGCCAUGCCAACUGGAAUGGCAAAUGUAAGAAGAUCGAGGAGGGCCAGGAAUGUUUGCAGGGCAUGCGUCUCCGUCAGUACCACAUGCUUUGUGGCGCUCUGCUGCGUGUGUGGAAGCGGGUGGCCGAUGUGGUCUCUGACAUCACCAACUCCAGCAUCCUGCAGAUUGUCCGCCUCAAAACCAAACAGCACAACAAGCAAGUUGGUAUCAAGAUCCCAGAAAACUGUGUGUCCCGUGUGCGUGACGAGCUGAUAAUUAUGAACGAGGAGGUAAAGAAAAGGCGGAUGGAGAGGGAAAAGCAGGCCAUGGAGCAACAGCUGGCUGAGAAGCGCAAGCUGGAACAAGUGAACAAACAACUCUUUGCCAAUCUGCUCAGCCAGAACCACAUCCAGAACCAGUCCCUUGCCCUGAACCAGUCCCUUGCCCUGAACCAGUCCCUUACCCCAAAACUGAACCAAAACCCUCUACAAAGGACUCCAGCGCACAGCAUCUCCCAAUUAUCGCAACAGAGAGCCCAGGCCCAAACCCAAUCCACUUUACAACGGGCCUCCCAGAACUUGACACACUUGUCCUUACAGAGGAAUCCCAGCCAAACCCAGCAAAGGACCCAGGCCAACCAGCCAAAUGUCAACACCACCACAAACCACAGCCUUCUACCCAGCAUGGCUAGCCUCAGUACCCCUUUUGCCCAGUUUUCACCUGAGCAAUUCUUGUCCUCAUUUUCUCCCUCUCAGUCCUCACUGCUUGGCCUCCCCUCAUCCAAGAAUCCUCUGGAUGAAAUCCUGGACCUGACAGUAAGCUCCCCGUCCCCCUCCCCAGACAGUACGGAGGGCGGGUUCAAAGAUGACUGUGCGCUAGAGUCCCUGAUCUCUUGUAGUGCGCUUAACUCCCAACACACUGCACAAACCCACCAGCUGCCGCAUCUCUUGCUGCAGCAACAGCAGCAGCAACAUCUGCAAAUCAGACAGCAGCUGGAGAGCCAGAGCUUACUGGUCAACAACCGUCAGUCGGACUUCAUAGAACUCUUACAAUUGCCCGUACCUUUCUCACUGUCCGCACAAAGAGCCAACCCUUUAUCCUCUACCUCCUCUUCCUCAUCCACCCAUUCUGUCCCCAACAACAUGGGGUCUCACGUCUCUGCAGGCCUCUUCUCCACUUCUACCCUAAUCCCCCCGUCGUCCUCAUCUCUUUUUUCCAACACACCCUCCAACUCUCUCUUCUCCUCCCCCUGCCUCCUAUCCUCACCAGGCUCACUGUCCCUACCCAAUGGCCACUGUAAUUCUGAUACGCUCAAUGCACGCGAGGCCCUGAACAGCAUGCUACAGGCUGGGUCGGACCGCAAGUCUGUCAUUCAGUACCGGCAACCAGAAUGAGAUGCUGCUUGGCAACAGCUCAUCUGGACUGUUUUGUUUGGUUGUGUUUUGUUUGGAUCAGAUAGUGUCUUGUCCGCUGCUGUCUGUGAAUGCACCCUUAGACCUGCUCCAACUCCCCUCAGGGCCUAUAGUCACAUCACUGCCUGUCCUGUCCUGUAUAGUGCUACAGUUCACCCUUCUCUCUGUCUCACCUUAGCAUUCACCUGCCAAGGUUGCAGUCACCAGUCCUGACUAUGGAGUUGCUGUGGAGAGUGUGAGGGGGCUCCGCCAAUAUCAAAUUCUUACACCAAAGUGUCCCCUUAGUGGUGAAAGGCAGCUGUAAAAGAGUUAGAUUUUGCCAUUUGAAAAACCCAUGUGACAGCUAUUUGUUGUGCAACGCACUCGCUGUCAAAUAAGAGUUCAUUCAUUUGAGGUAGUUCAUGUGGCGAACCCUUUACCCAUGUGCUAGUAUCCCUUGCUGAUUUUAUAUGGUUGCUGUUAUAGUUGCUGGGACCCAAAUGCCUUUCACCAGUAUCAACCACACACGUUCUGCAACAAGGCUAUAUGUUGAAGGCUUUGUUUGAAUUAAACCCAAGUUUUAUCCAAACAAUUCUGUUUGACUGGGAAACAAAGACCACAGAUAAGAUCUUUUAGCUGGUUACGAUGCCUGCUCAAUAGUCUAGGUGUAGAAAUCCCAGAAAAAUAAAUCAGUUCAUAUGGACACCAAAUUUAGUGAGAAAACAUUUUGUCAUGACGAGAAAUUAUGACGUCACUUAGAUGAGUGACGAAACGUUUUCCCACGUAAACGUUUAGCCAUGAAAUGCCUCCAAUUUCAUUUUCCUCUCCAUAACCCUUCUUGUUUCUCUCCCAGCUUGUAUGAACACUUGCCUGUGUCUCGCGUGAUGAGGAAGGGAGAGGAAGAGCAGUCUGUUGUUGCAAACAGUGCCUUUUGGAAAUAUCUACUAUAAAUGCAGUCUUUAAAAUCCCGUAUAAGCCUAGUGUAUAGAUUUGUACUUGAGCAUCUGUCAGUUUUAAACUUAAUUUAUGAGGAUAUAUUUGUUGUUAACUUCCAGCCCCUCGGUCAUCCAGUAGUUGUUGAUGUUUUCCUACGCUGGUGGUGGGGCUAUUAAAAAAAAAAAAACUGACUUGAACCCGCACACUAAGGCUGUAUGUGUCCGGAUGUCUAUCUGUGGAACCCACAGCUGUCGGUGGGGCAGUAGACUCUCCCCUGACUCUGUGGUCACUUCAUCCCAGCAGACAAGGAAAGGAUACCAGGAGUCACUGUGGGAAAAACUCUGUCGAGCAGAAUGGGUUGAACACGUGUCAAAAAAAAGAAAGAAAAAAAUCCCCUACUUUUUUUUUUAAAUCCAACAAUAACUUUUAGUGAUGUGACUCCUGGUUUGCUUUGAUUUUGAAGUUCUCAGGAAAGUCUAGAGUGCAUACUUUUUACGUGUUUUCUCUAUGUGUUUUUAUUUUCUUGACCAAUAUUGGUAUAAAGGAUUGUUUUCAGCCCGUAUCUGUAUGACCAUGUGAGAACCUGUGACAUCUGGCCGUUGUUGUGUGAAAGUGAUGCACUGUGGUUGGUUCAUGACAAAAUUCCUGGGUAAAUUCAUGUGAUCGAAAAGCAAUAAAAUCCACGUACUCGGUUGUUAUAAAAUAGAAAAAGCCCAAGUACCGUUUAUGCUCAACAACGGGCAGAACUUAGUGACUACCUGUGCAUGGUAUAAAUUGGAUUCUCAUUAUUUCUGUUAUGCUUCAUCGUCUAAUAGUCAAAAAUGGCUGAAGUGCAUAUAACUUUGUAUAGAAUAAUGUCAUGGGAUGAAAGCAGAGUAUUCUUGGUGUUUUUGUCAUUGUUAUUAUGAAAGUUAUUAUUAUUGAUAUUUAUAUUUAAGGGAUAUUUAGAUUUUAGAUAUGUUAUUCUGAUUAUUACAUUUAGUUAACAAAAGCAUUUGGUCAGGGAAGUUUCUAGUUUUCAAGAUUACUAUUAAACAAAACAAAGUUUAUUAUAACCUGCCACCAAAUAAUAUUGCACUGUUCUGUACUGCUGUACAGUGUCUGGUUUUGUUUCUGCUCAUUUCAACUUUGCUUUUCCUCGAGCAGAGUUGUUUUUGUUGCCCCCCCCCUCGCCGCCUGUACAGAUUCUGCCAGGGCUUUAGUUUGCAGAGAAAUACCAAAGUGUUCCCCAGACAGACACCCCUGAAUUUACUGGCUCUGCGAUAUCUGAUCUGUUCUCAAUCUCAGGAAGAAACCUAAAAUAAAUGUGUUGGUGGGGUUUGUUUUGGAGAAAUAUAUCUUUUUUUUUCUUUUUUUUUUUCCUUGUAACAAGCGGUGAAACUAACCAAUACGUUUGAUUACUAUUUCACUUUUUUUCCACUCUGUGCUGCGACUCCUUUUGCUGUAUUUUUUCGUGUUUAAGAUUUAAUGUGAUGGGGUUGUCAUUGUUGUGAACAUGUCAGUGAUUCUAAGUGUUUAUGCCUUCUUCUUCUUCUUUUUUUUUUUUUUUUUUUAAGAUUAUUUUUUCGGCAUUUCCCGCUUUAUUUGACAGUGAUGGUAGAGAGACCGGUGUUUAUGGCUUCUUAGGGCAACGAUCAAAGAGCCGUUCCUUUUUCCAAGGAACAUCAUUUUCUUUGGGCUGUUUAUUCUCUAGUUUUUCUUGCAAGUUAUCCGACAAUGAAUCCCGAUAAACGAUGACAGACUCCGAGCAGGUUUGCACCCAGGUUCAGCUUGGCUGUGCAGUUGACUGCGCAAGUCCCUCUCUCACCAUGACAGGUGGGUUUGAUUCAGACUGGCAUGUAGCUCGCCGCAGUAUCUCAGAUGCUCGGUAUUGGCCCUCGUCUUUCACUCACGAAGCGAGAUUGUACCCUUGUGUCUUUCGUCCCACUGCUUCAGUGUCCUCCUUCGCUGUGCUUCUAGUAUUCCUCCUCAGGCACAUUCCGAGACGUCAAGUGGCAUCACACGAUGUAGUUGUUACGAGGUUAGACAGGUUCAGCUUCACACAUCUGCUGGAUAGGCUACAGAUAUGGACCUGCAUUUUGGAAAACAAAAUCUGCCUUUUUUUUUCUUUCUUGUUCUUAGGAGCCCCGUUACUUGGAUUAUUGUACCAAGGCCUUUUUUUUCUUUUUUUCGUUUGUAUCAUUUUGCACUAAGAAUGGCAUAAUCAAGUUACUGUUGUCUUGUUGGUUAUGAUUGAGAGUUGUAGACUUGUGUUCCUGACCUUUCAACGGAUCGCUACUCGUAUAUGAUAUUCAUCUUCCUUGUUUCUCCACCUUUUGCAUAUUAUAUAAAUGUUAUCACAUUCAGUAAUUUAUUGCUAACAAAAAUGAAACAAAAAACAUGCUACUGAUUGUAUGUAUUUUUAAACAAAGCCUAUUUUUUCUGUAAAAAAAAAAACUGUGUUCAGCACUUUUAUUCUGGGUUGUGCUUUUGUUUUUCUAUAUAUUUAUAAUUUAGAUCGAAAUGUGUAUAUACUGUAAAAAUUGUGCCUUUCGACUAAUUCUUUAAAAAGGUUUUCUACUCAUAAAAGGAAGGAAUAUAUCAUAUUGCAAUCUUAACUUUGUAAACAAAUAAAACUUGAAGAUUGCUGAAA